GCUGGAUCCUUCUCGGCAGAGUCGCCAUUUUAUCUAGAAGAAGAGACGUGAAUAUGAUUCUGGAAUAAUAUAAAGAUAUUCUGCGUCUGAAGAGACCCCAGCAGGAAUCAUCUGGUCUGGAUCAGUACAAAAAUGGAGAAGGAGAGAAGAAAAAGAAGAGCUGCUUCUGAAAUGCGACCAGUGCCCUGGGGCCUUGGAACACCAGUGGCUGCGAGUCGCAACAUUUAUAGUGCAAGCCAUGAAAUGCGCCCCCCUGUGGGGUGUAACAGAAAGAGCACUGAGAGUGUCCUGAUGGAGAGAGCAGACUCCCCUGUGCCCAGCUGUGUUUCCCUGAAGAGUGACAGGUCAAUCGGAAUUCCAAUUAACUUCAGAGAGGGACCUUUUCCUACAGAUCAAAGUGUCCUGAUGGAGAGAGCAGACUCCCCUGUGCCCAGCUGUGUUUCCCUGAAGAGUGACAGGUCAAUCGGAAUUUCAAUUAACUUCAGAGAGGGACCUUUUCCUACAGAUCAAAGUGUCCUGAUGGAGAGAGCAGACUCCCCUGUGCCCAGCUGUGUUUCCCUGAAGAGUGACAGGUCAAUCGGAAUUCCAAUUAACUUCAGAGAGGGACCUUUUCCUACAGAUCAAAGAGACCAAAUGGAAGAAUGCAGUUCAGAUCUACAUGAUAAAUCGGAUUUAUCAGCCAUAUCGAAGUCACUACAAGAAAAAGCCGUAAAGUUCCUAAAGGAUGAGCUGAAGAAGUUUGUGAGGUACCUAGAUCAGAAUUACCCAGAAUGCUCUGAGCCUCAGCUGGAGGAGGACAAUGACCUGGACAGUGAUGGUCAGAUGCAGAAAACCUGUGGCAGAGAGGAAGCUCUGAAGAUCACACUGUACAUCCUGAGGACCAUGAAGCAAAAUGAUCUCGCUGACAUGCUGGAGAAGAGACUCAUGCUGCAAUAUCAGCGGGAAAUCAAACGUAAACUUAAGAAGCAAUUUGAGUGUGUAUUUGAAGGGAAAGCUAAGGAAGGACAGCCAACACUUCUCAGUGAGAUUUACACAGAACUCUACAUAACUGAAGGUGGGACUGGAGGAGUCAAUGAGGAACAUGAAGUGAGACAGAUUGAAACAGCAUCCAAGAAAAGGCGAACAGAAGAUACUACAGUCAAGUGCAAUGAUAUAUUUAAACCCUUAUGUGGGCGUGAGACACCUAUCAGAACUGUACUCAGUAAAGGGGUGGCAGGUAUCGGGAAAACAGUCUCUGUGCAGAAAUUUAUUCUCGACUGGGCAGAAGGAAAAGCAAACCAGGAUGUUCACUUCAUAUUUGCUCUUCCUUUCCGGGACCUGAAUUUGAUUAAGGAUGAAUACAGUCUGAUUGAACUGCUUCACCGCUUUGUCCCAGAACUGAAAUCAUUUCAAUCCAUUGAGCUGUUUAGGUACAAAGUCUUGUUCAUCUUUGAUGGUCUGGAUGAGUGUCGCCUUCCUCUAGAUUUUCAGAACAAUGAGAGCUGGUUUGAUGUAACAAAGAAAAUGUCACUGGAUGUGCUGUUGACUAACCUCAUUAAGGGGAAUCUGCUUCCAUCUGCUCUCCUCUGGAUAACCUCCCGGCCAGCAGCAAGCAAUCAGAUACCUCCUAAGUGUGUCCACCGGGUGACAGAGAUACGAGGGUUCAGUGAUGCCCAGAAGGAGGAGUAUUUCAGGAGGAGAUUCAGUGAUCAGAGCCUGGCCAGCAGGAUUAUCACACAUGUGAAAUCAUCAAGGAGCCUCUUCAUCAUGUGCCACAUACCUGUGUUCUGCUGGAUUUCAGCCACUGUCCUUGAGAGGCUUUUUAGUGAGACUGACAGGGGAGAAAUUCCAAGGACUCUGACUGAAAUGUACACACACUUCCUGAUCUUUCAGUACAGUUUAAAAAAUGACAAGUAUAUGAAAAACUAUGAAACCAAGCUUAAGGAAUACAGCAAGGAAAUCCUUUUGAAACUUGGUAAACUGGCUUUUGACAACCUUGAGAAAGGAAAUCUGAUAUUUUAUGAGCAAGAUCUGACAGAGAAUGGCAUUGAUGUCACUGAAGCUUCAGUUUACUCUGGAUUGUGCACAGAAGUCUUUAAAGAGGAAUAUGGGCUGUAUCAGGAGAAGGUGUACUGCUUUGUGCAUCUGAGCAUCCAGGAGUAUCUCGCUGCUUUAUAUGUGUUUCAGUCAAACUUAUCAGCUGACCUGCUGGAGACUGCAGUGGAUCAGGCAUUAAAGAGCAAGAAUGGACACUUGGACCUCUACCUCCGCUUCCUCCUGGGCCUCUCAACAGACUCCAGUAGGACUCUGUUACAAAAACUACUGGGAGAGACAAGAAUCGGCUCACAUACCAUUAAGGAAAUGGAGCAAUACAUCCAUCCAUCCAAUGUCUGUUCCCCUGUGUCCUCAGGGCUGCUGGGGUCUGAAGCUUUUCCCCAAAGCUCUGUGCCCAUGGCAUGGAAUAACCCAGGAUGGGAUGCCAGUCUGUCACACUCUCAAUACAUCCAUCCAUACAAUAUCUGUCCCUCCUUGUUUUAUUCAGAGCCGCUGGGGUCUGAAGCUUUUCCCCAAAGCUCUGUGCCCAUGGCAGGUUAUAACCCAGGAUGGGGUGUCAAUCUAUCACAGCCUCAAUACAUCCAUCCCUCUAAUGUCUUUACCUCCAUGCCCUCAGGGCUGCUGUGGUCUGAAGCUUUUCCCCAAAGCUCUGUGCCCAUGGCAUGGAAUAACCCAGGAUGGGAUGCCAGUCUGUCACAGCCUCAAUACAUCCAUCCAUCCAAUGUCUGUCCCCCCGUGUCCUCGGGGCUACUGGGGACUGAAGCUUUUCCCCAAAGCUCCGUGCCCAUGACAGGGACUGACCUAGAAUUGGGUGCCAGUCUAUCGCUGGCCGAAUACAUCAAGAAGAAAAUACAGAAGAAAUUAUCUCCGGAAAGGACCAUCAACCUGUUCCACUGUCUGGUUGAGCUGGGUGACAGUUCUCUAAUACAGGAAGUACAAAGAUACCUGAAUUCAGGAAACCUUUCAGCAGAAGACCUCUCACCUGCACAGUACUCAGCUCUGGCCUUUGUGAUGCUGAUGUCAGAUGAGGAGCUGGAUGUGUUUGAUAUGAAGAAAUACAUCAGACCAGAUGAAGAGCACUGGAGGCUGCUGCCUGUGGUCAAAAACUCAAGGACGGCUCUGCUGAAAAGCUGCGGGCUCACAAAUGAACACUGUGAAAUGCUGACUUCAGCUCUAAGAUCAAACUCCUCACCCCUGAGAGAGCUGGACCUGAGUGACAAUGACCUAAAGAAUAAAGGAGUGAUGCUGCUCUCUGCUGGACUGGGGGAUUCACACUGUAAACUGGGGUUACUAAGGUCAGUAUUAUUGUGUAUUCCACACUUUAAACUGGAGAAUCUGAGGUCAGUAUUACUGGGUAUUCCACAGUCUUCACCAGCAUCCAGCGUUUUCACAACAAGACCAUGACAGACUCUGUACACC